AUGCUAGUGAAGCUUGUACUUAUCUGUAACAUAAUUGGAUUGGCAAAGCUGGUCAAACACUCAGACCAUCGUGGAUAUCAUGAUGGUUCAGUGCACAGCUCUCAGCUACACGUUUCUGAGACCUCUGCAUAUCCCCAGAGGACUCCUCUGUCACAUGAAGAAGAAGGUUAUUGGGAGGCAGAGGGGCUCAGGGAAAAUACUCAAGAUUACCCUUCAAGUGUGAUCUCACAUCAGGAAGAAAAAGAGGAUUUUGAAGCUGUGGCCCCACAAUCCCGAAAUGGAAACUGGUGUCCCUUCACAUACUCCCGGUUGGUAACGUACAUUGAAGCCUGCAUGAAAGAGAAGUACAUUGUAAACUCCCAACAGCCCUGCCUAAAUGGAGCACCAGACUGCCAGAAGAUCAUGUACAGGACAGCUCUGAAGCCAGUCUAUCAAGUGAAACAGAAGGUUUUGAAGUCUUUGCAGUGGAAAUGCUGUCCCGGAUUUAUUGGCAAAGACUGUAAACAGCAUGAUCCCAAUUUUAAUCUGGUGCCAGGAAGUCAAACUGAAGGACAAGAAGAAGAGGAGCUCUCGAACCAGAUGUCAACAUCAGUGGAUUCAAGAGAAAUGUUGGAAGUCAUUCAAAAUCAUGAGGCUUUACUGGAUGAUCUUCAAAGUGAUAUUCAUCAAGCAGUCAGCAACUUAGGUGACUUACAGAGAAUAUUUGAAAACAACGGUACAAGCAUGGUGUUAGAAGUGAACCAGAGCAAUUCAGAUCCACAGGAAAGGCUUCUGCAGCAAGUUUUGUUUCCCCACGUGGAAAAUUUUGUAAGGAAACAUUUUAACCCCAUGUGGGCAAGCUUCAACAGAAGCUUACAGAAUCUCUCAAACAUGGUAAGAAACCUGUCCCACGAUGUGGAAGCCAACAAGAAAAGCAUAGAAAGGUUCCAGGAGAGUACUGUGCCCAAGAAGGAAUUCCAGGAGCUGGGAACUAAGUUUGACUCAAAAGUCCAAGAAAACAUAGUGAAAGUCGAUCAAGUGAAAAGAGAUAUAGAGAACCAACUGCAAAUGCAGCAGGCCAGUAUUCACUAUAACCUUAACACAAUCAAGGCAGAUACUGACACAAAGCUCAAAAAGAUUCAUAAAAUACAGCAGUCCCAUUUCUUAGCUCUUAAUGACAGUAUAGCAAACAUGAAACAGAAGCAAAACAAUCUUGAAAAUAAGUUUGAGACUUUGAAAAAAAAUUUAACACAACUCUCCUCACAUCAUGGUCCCAAAGACGAGAAUACCCAGUUAACCAUAAGACAAAUCAAUGACAUUCUGGCAGGGCAUGCGAAGCAGCUUAAAGAACUUUACAUGGAGUCAGAUGUGGCUUUUCAGAACAUUGAAGUUUUAGAGAGGUGGUUUAAGGAGAUGAAAAAAAAUAUCUCAAAGUAUAGGCCAGAAGAUCUUACAGUAACUCUAAUGGAGAAAUCACUUAUUAUGGAAGAAAACAAAGCAGCAAUAGAAGAGCAAGUAUCAGAGCUCAACUAUACUCUCUCAAAUCUUCGGGAAAACUAUUCAGAUCUGUUGAGGUACAUGGAGGAAUGCAAUUGCCAGAGAAUAUCUUCUGACAUUGAUGUACUGGAAGAAGACUUAGACAAUACCACUUAUUCCCUUGAAGGCACUCAAUCAAACUUCAAGGAUAUGAAGCACUUGGAGUCAGUUUUCAGAGAUCUCUUAAGGAAUGAAAUCGAAGAGCUCUCUUCAGCUUUUCCAUCUAUCCAUCAGUCCCUUAGUCUGCGUCAAGAAGAAAACAGGCAGCUUCAGUUGCAAGUCGCAGCUUUUGCAGAAGACAUCAGCAUUUUGAAAAACAGAGAUGAAGAAAUUCAUCAACACAUCAAGUAUCUCAAUAGUUCUUUUGUCUCUCUUCUAAAAGAUGCCAUGCGGCAUGAAACAGCACUGGAAGCUUUACUAGGAGAAGAACUUAUGGAAGUCUUGUUCGAAGAGGAUCCUAGUAUCCUAAUAACAUCAGUAUUUCAGCUGCAAGAAUCUCUCAGACAUAUGUCAGAUAAACUCCAAGAACAAAAUACGACUUUAGAAUCUCUUACAAAGAGAUUUCAUCUCUUGGAGAGAGGCCAAUGGAGUAAUCACGAUGCUCGUACAUAUCCUAAGCAUCCCAAAAAAGAAACACAAACUUCCUCUACUCUAGAUGAAGUCAGUAGGCAAUACAGUGUUGCAGAACAUAUGGAACCAAACUAUGAAGCUGCCAAAGAUGACUCUUUGGAUAGCUCAGCUUACAAUGAUAUCAUGACUCUGAAGAACGAUAUCAAACAUCUGAGCCUGGCAAUCAAGAGGCAUGAAUCUAGCAGUGGCCUGAACCUCUGCUGCAAUCAUACAAUAGCAAAUGUAAUUGAGCCACUCAAUGUUUCUGUGGAAAAUUUCUCAGCAGAUUUAGCAAUCCUCAAGCAGAAGCUGGAGGAACAUCUGUUGAUUUUUAAAAAGCUCUUUGGAGACAAUGAAGAAUUAAUUGCCUCAAACAUAAGUCUGGAUGUUACAAAGAUUCAGUCGAUGCUGACUAGAAAAGUGAGGCGGCAACAGAAAGUUCAAGACAAACAGAAGGACAAGAAAAAGCUUGAGAAGCACAGAGAAAAUAUGCAAACAAUAAGUGGAAGAAAUACAGUGCAGACAGGACUUUUGGAAAAAGACUCACUGGUGGCAUUCCAUGUAGGAUUCACAGGAAUGGAUAAAGAAAAAACUCUGAGGUUUAAUGAAACAUACCUCAAUUAUGGAAAUGGUUAUUUCCCUGAAGAUGGUUACUUUAAAGCACCGCAUAAAGGUGUCUACCUGUUUGUCAUCUCCGUGGAGUUCAGCUCAGGGCCAGCAUUAGGACAGCUCUCUUUUAGCCGAGGGUACAAAAGAACUCUUUCAAGCAGUCAGAGGAAAACACCAAAUGGAAACACCAUGACUACUUUUGCUAUGGCAGAAAUGGAGAAGGGAGAGAGAGUAAGCUUUGAACUGCUGCGGGGCUCUGUGGUGAGACAGAGUCCACCUGGGACAACAAUGGCUGGAUUCCUAGUAUUUAAAACUUGAAUUGUUUUAUUGAUAUCUUUCCAUAGAUGCAAUGGAUCAAUUAACUAUUGCUUCAUCUGUGAUGUAUUCAAUCCUACUGCAUGUGUUUAAACAUAGCACUACCCUAGGUUUGUCUUCAUGCUUCUUUUCUGGAAGUGUCUGGCUUGUAAUUAGUUGCUUAUGAGCAGCGAUGGGAUUUCCUUUCAAGUAAUAAGCUAACCAAUUGGACUCCAAGUACAUCAGCACACACAUUCCCAAUCCUUCCACUGUGAGAACUGCACCUAAUCAGAAAAAAAUGUUUUGUGAGGCUUUCUUCACUUAUAAUUUCUCUUUAUUCCUGCCAAAAGAGUAUGCUCCCAUAACAAAUACACCACUGGCAAGGAAAAGAUUUUUAGGAAGGACUGUAUGUAUCAGGCUCACGUUUUGUGGAUAGCAGCUUAAAACUAAGAAAUCAGCACAAUUUUACCUUUUAGUUCUCUGUGGACUACAGGCAGUAACAGACUGCCUUAGAAACUUCUGCAACACACUCCAGUGUUUCAGUCUGUGCACAACAUGAACACUCUAAAAGAUGGAUCAAGCCCAGUACGCUGCACCCUAUGCUAGGAUUUGUCAGCAAGAAAUGGCCUGGUAUUUUUGCUCCUGGCCUCUGUAUUUUAACUAUAUCGCAGAAA